AUGGAGGCGUACACAGGCGAAAUACAGAUGCAGAGGUCUUGGUUCAACUCAUUUGGUGAUAGCGAGCUGGAAAACGAUGGACAUGCUGAGGGUUGGACCCUGCCGACCAAAGCUGAGGUCUUGGCCCGCAAUACAGUACAAGUACUACAGGAAGAGGAGGAUGUGGAGGAGUUCAGGCGUCUUGAUGAAGACGUAGAGGAACCCACCGACAAGACGCCUUCGACUCCGAGCACUGCUUCCAAGACUUUGGCCCCGUUGCUAUGGAAUGCGCUUAUGUCUCCCAGGCUUCGCAAGGUCCAGACGUCCCAGCUCGACAUCGAUGACCCCCCACCCGAUGAACCCUAUGGCGCCGCCGGAGAGCGGUCACUAGAGCCGGAUGACGGUGAUGGAUCGCGAGAACCCGAAGCGGAUGGCGCGGUAACUCCUACGGCCCACGUUCAUCGCUCACUCUCGUUACCCAACCUCUCGCAGGAGAACACGGAGUUGAUGUCUAGUCCCAGUGCCGCUUAUCUACAGCGAAAGCGGUUGGGCGCCGGCAUCCGGCGUGAAGACGUACAGUUGGCGGCGCCUUCGAGCGGAUCGACGUCGCUCGCCCCCAUCGUUCCGGCCUCUACAUCUGAUGUUGGGGCUCCUGACUCUUCGUCUGUGCGCGCUAGAGACAGCGGCGCUCGCCUGGGAGGCAUGAGGAGGAGGUGGCCGCCUCCCGUCGGGCCCCUGUAUCCUAAGGAACUCCCUAACGGGAAGAGGUUGCCCCACGACUGGGCCACCAUGACCACCAGCGACCAGAUACUGAUGCUUUGUCUCAGCACGCCCCAGGAUUCGCAGGGCAAUAGAAUGUUUAAGGAGGCCUUCCAGAACAUAGGCCUGCCUUCCACACAGCUCCGCGAGAUGUUGGGAUAUGUUCAGGAUCUCAAGUCAGCAAAUCAGGAGAAAUCUCGCCAGACAUCGACCACGCCUGGCAUCCUGCUUCCCAGACGUUCUGUGGCACGUCCAUCAGCAGCUGAACAGCUGGCAGGCGUUCUACGAGAUAAAAAUCUUCAGCAGGCGAAGGACCGCCACCUGAACAUCGGGUCCCGUGAAAGUCGUACCGUGGGACACAAGGAGGAUGUCAGCGAGAAGGGUAAGGAGAGGGCGAGAUCAUGA